UUCCAAAGUCUUCCAAAGUGUGAAAGGACUGCUUCAAAACUUGUACAGGGCAGCACUCUGUCUUUAGGUUCUCUCCACUCCCUCCUGAGCAGGGACUUGCCUUUCCCCUUUAAAUAAAUCUUAGGUUCCUACUCAGUUUUACCUGCGUCUCUUCCUUGGAUUCUUUGUCUCCUAGAAACAAGAACCUGCACCAAGUCUAACCAGAAGCCACCCCCACAGCAAAAGGAACUGAAGCUCAGAGCUUGUUACAUGGCCAAAAUAACACGGGGAAGUUUCUAAAUAGAGCCUGAUGACUCUUCUGCAGCAUAGGGAGAUUUGCAUCACUCUACCCGGAGGUCAGGUGUAAGUUGAGAACUGAAGAGGAUCAAAUGAGGAAAAACUCCUCCACGCUUCGUGUUAUUUCUGCCCUGAUGAUGACAUUUAUUUUGGGGAUUCAAUCUCAUUAAACAAAGAAAUUUUUGUUGCAUGAUUUCAGGGUCAGAUGAGAGACAGAGAAAGACAGAGUUCCUACAUCCACUGAUCCAUUCCCUGAAUUCCUGCAAUAGCCAGAGCUGGCCCAGACAAAAGCCAGGAAUCCAGAAUUCAGUCUGGGUCUUCCCCACUGGUUCAGGUGACAUGAAUGACAUUGAUUCUGAAAGAAAAAUGACAGCUGUGAACCCCAGAUGUGUGCUGAGGAACUGCAUGGCUGAGUCUGCUUUGCAAAAAGAAGAAAGGAAUGAUUUUUCAGAGCUCUGUCUCCCACAGCAAGUUCUCCAGUGCCCAUUCCAGACGCAGUCUGCAGCUGAGAAAAUGAAUCCUGCCCAAGAGAAAGAUUUCAUCUCUAACUCAUUCAGCAGCAGGAAGCCCGGGAACCGAGGUAGAAUGAUUCUGAUUUGCAGGAGCAGAGCAGGGGGCUCUGAAAGUUUUCUCAGGCUCCACACAGGAACACUUCAAAGUACAGAGUAGCAGGAAGGCUGUCACCACUGCCUCCCAGAUUGUGUGUUGUCAGGAAGCUGGUGGCAGGAGCUGGAUCCAGAAACAAAUGCAGGUAUUUGAAUGCACGAUGCAGGUGUCUUAACCACGAGGCUAAAUGCCCUCUAUGUUACAAUAUUUUAAAAAUUAAAUCAUUCCAGGAGAUACACUUUCUCCCAGUAAUUUUCUCUUAUUAUCUACCUUAUCUUAUCUUUUUCUAUGACUAAUUUUGAUUUUCACCAUUUCAGGGAAAUGAACUCGCUAAUCAACAAUAGAUCUCAUAAGUUGGGAACACCAUAUUUUUGAUUGAUUCACUUGAAUAAAAGUCGAAUCUAUGUCUAUAUCUCCUAGUUUUCUAUGAAAUCUCAUACUUGUGGCAAUAGACAAAAUAACAAUUGUUGAAUUUAUUGUCAUCAAUGAAACUAAGUGAACACUUGCAUCAUCUCUAGCUUUCCUGAGAUCCCUCUGCCCUCUGCUGUCAGUUUGAAUCAGAUGUGAGAUCCUCUAA